GUCACCCGUCUCCCAGCUUUACCCGUCUUUCUCUCUCCUCUUUUUUGCUUCCUUCUUCCUCUACUCUGCUUCAAUUUAUACCGACAUGGCUCCUAACAAUCGGGGCUUUUCUCCUGAGUAGGACUCGUGCCUGCUUGAUUGUGCUGGAAUUGAUCAAAGUACUCAAGUUACAGAGUUGAUUGCAAACAUUUGUUGGAAUCACUUUUGAGAGGUAAGAAUGGCCAUGCAAACUGUUUAUCUCAAAGAGCAUGGUGGAAUUUCCCAUAAUUCUAUGGGGCAGUUGUCAUCUACUCAAUCAGUGCCUUGGUGGAGUGCCUUUGGGUCCCAAUCGGCCUAUGGUGAGGGUUGUGGGCAACUUAAGCAUUCAACUAUGGAGCAUCUCAGCAGCGUAGGCCAACUUCCUUCUGGUAAACCAGCAGGAAGGGGUACUGAACAAGGAGGGGAUAAAGGGGAUGCAACUCAGUUCACUAUAUUCCCCGGUGAUUGCAAAACUUCAGGAGGUGGACAAAAAUCUCAGGUAGCCAUCUCUCUGCAUUCAGCUCCUUCAGAAUAUCAUUCUCGGUUUGACCUGGCAUUUGGUCAGCCCGUGAUCUGCACAAAAUACCCUUACGUGGAUCAAUGCUAUGGACUGUUCCCAACUUAUGGUGCUCACGUUUCGGGUCGCAUCAUGCUGCCGCUGGACUUGACAGCAGAUGAAGGACCGAUAUAUGUGAAUGCCAAGCAAUACCAUGGAAUCAUCAGGCGGAGGCAAUCCCGUGCAAAAGCUGUACUAGAGAAUAAAGUCCCCAAAACUCGUAAGCCAUACAUGCACCACUCACGCCAUCUACAUGCAAUGCGCCGACCAAGGGGAUGUGGUGGCCGCUUCUUGAACACAAAAAGUUUAAACAAUAAAAAAGGUAACAAUGAUGUGAAGAAAGCUGAUGAUGGAGAACAGUUUCAGCAAAUUGGUUCACCAAAUUCUGAAGUCCUGCAAUCAGAGAGCAGACCAGUGAAUGCAUCCAGGGAGGCAAAUGGAAAUGGGUCAAAUCCGUCAGGAUUAGAAGUCACUAGCAUGUAUGUCCGGGGAGAUUUUGAGCGCUUUCCAAUCAACCAUCUUGGCCCAUCUCUUCACUCCUUUUCCGAACUGAUGGAUAACCAGCGUGGGAUCGCUAUUCCCAACAAGUGGGUUGCAGCAGCAGAUGGCUGCUGUACCCUAAAAGUCUGAUAUCAGGGGUAUUGGUGGGUUUGGUGCAAUUACCGUGCACCAACCCCCGUCCCUGAUGCAACCAAAUGGAGGAGCUUUGUUGCGUUCUAUCAUAGAUUUUCAACAGGUUUCAGUCCCAGGAUUGUGCUGCCACCAUUUGGUUGCUUUAGGCAAUUCAUUCUUGGCUUUCGUGCAUUGAAGUUUUAGCUAUUCCUACAGAACCCUGCAGUCUUGCAGGUUUGGAAAAUGCUUAAACCUCAACGCACUCGUAGUUCUACUAGUAGUUCUAUCCGGUAGUUUGGACAAGUCAUCCUUGGCUCAUUUGCGUAAUGGUCCGGUAGUUUGGACAAGUCAUCCUUGGCUCAUUUGCGUAAUGGUCCUUGCAUUAUUUCUAUGCAACCCGACAGAAUUGGGUUGGUUAGAAGAUGUGGGAACCAUAUUGACCUGUAUAAAGAAAACGGAGCAGACUAUCAAUGGGAUCUUCCAAUUGAUCCAAUAAGUUAUAUGCUUGUGAUCCUAAACAAUGUAAAAACUGUGGUGUUCCUGAAGUUUGGCAGCUACUGUCUACUCUGGUUGUGUGCAAUAAGAUGUCCAACUUUUU